AGGCACGCCAUCACCUCCUCCGUUGCUGCGCCUGUGAUCUGAACUGAGUGGCUCUGCCUGAUGCUCUAUCAUGACUGAUGGCGAGGGGAGAGUGCGUUUUCAGUACGCAGAGUGCCCGGAGGGGCGGGAGGAGGUGAGGCUCGCCAUACCGACACCCUUCAGGAACGACGCCCCGGGUCACGACGUCGACCCUGGAGGAGGCCACGAUGAGGAGGAGGAGGAGGAGGAGGAGGAGGCGGAGAGGAGGAGGAGGAAUGGAGCGGAGUGGAGUCCCGAGGUUCGGGAGCGCAAAGACCAGGAACCAGAGCUGGAGGUGGAAGUCGGGCCGACGUUUGGAGUUCGCGUCCGGGCUCCCAUUCGGGAUCCGGACUGCGUCUCCGAGGAGGAGGAGCAGCAGCCGUACCCGGCCCUGGCCCCCGUGGCCUUCUUCUGCUUAAAGCAAACCACCAGGCCCCGCAACUGGUGUCUCCGCGUCGUCUGUAACCCGUGGUUCGAGCACGUGUCCAUGCUGGUCAUCCUGCUGAACUGCGUGACUCUGGGGAUGUUCCAGCCCUGUGAAGACGUCACCUGCGAGUCGGAGUGGUGCCGCAUCCUCCAGGUGUUGGACGACUGCAUCUUCGCUUUCUUCGCCGUGGAAAUGGUCAUCAAGAUGGUGGCCCUGGGAAUUUUUGGCCCCAAUUGUUACCUUGGCGACAAGUGGAACCAGCUGGACUUCGUCAUCGUCAUGGCAGGGGUGAUGGAGUACUCUCUGGACGGCCAUAACGCCAGUCUGUCCGCCAUCCGCACCGUCCGGGUGCUCCGGCCUCUGCGGGCCAUCAACAGAGUACCAAGCAUGCGCAUCUUGGUCACACUGCUGUUGGACACCCUUCCCAUGCUGGGAAACGUCCUCCUCCUCUGCUUCUUUGUCUUCUUCAUCUUCGGCAUCGUGGGAGUCCAGCUGUGGGCGGGGCUACUGCGCAACCGCUGCUUCCUGGGAGAGGACGUCAGAUCAAUGUACAACUUGUCCAUAAGUCCUUACUACAUGUCGGAGGAAGGAGAAGACAGCCCUUUCAUCUGCUCGGCUCCCCGCGAGAACGGGAUGCUGCGCUGCCACAGCGUGCCGCCCCACGCCGAGGGCGGGGCCGUCUGCUCAUUGGCCGCUCCGCUCGGACCGGCCGGCGUUAACGGCUGCGUCAACUGGAACCAGUACUACAACGUGUGCCGGCCCGGGGACUUCAACCCGCACAAGGGAGCUGUCAACUUUGACAAUAUCGGCUACGCCUGGAUAGCCAUAUUCCAGGUCAUCACACUGGAAGGAUGGGUAGAUAUCAUGUACUAUGUCAUGGACGCUCACUCCUUCUACAAUUUUAUAUAUUUUAUACUGCUCAUUAUCGUGGGCUCUUUCUUCAUGAUCAACUUGUGCCUCGUGGUCAUCGCCACCCAGUUCUCCGAGACGAAGCAGCGGGAGAACGCCCUGAUGAGGGAGCAGCGCGCCCGCUACAUGUCCAACGACUCCACGCUGGCCAGCUACAGCGAGCCGGGCUCGUGCUACGAGGAGAUGCUGCGCUACAUCAGCCACCUGUAUCGCAAGUUGACGCGCAGGCUGCAGAGGAUAUACUCCGGAUGGCACAGUAAAAGGCGUAAAAAGGUGAAUCCCAACGGCGCCGGCAGUAACGGCGGGGGGAACGGCCACGGCCACGGCUCCAGCAGGGGCUGCGGAGGCUUAGGCCCGGGCAGCGCCUCGUGGCUGAGACCGAUCCACAACCUCCUGCAGCACCAUCAGCACCAGCACUGUCGCCUCAGCAACGGGGGGCAGCACACCAUCAGCGUGGCGGACGGGGAGGGGGCGGGAGGGGAGGGGCUGGAGAUGAAGUCGCUCCCAGCGGCGCGCGUGGGGAACGCAAGCGGAAACGGCGGCGGCGACGCGUCCGGCGACGCCCAGGGCGGCGGCAUGGGGGCGCUGCUGGGCCGGCUCAACGGGGGCAUGAACUACCCCACCAUACUGCCGUCGUUCGUGUGCAGCUACAGCAGCAAGACGCCGCCCCCCCACGCCAAGCAGUGCGGGCCCGGUCCGGACCAGCACCCGCCAAACCACCCGGCGUCGGAGCACACAGAGACACUCAGCAAGCUCUACCAGCUCAUGGGACAGCACAGUCGCCAGAGGCUGCUGUACCAGCUGGCCGGCGUGGUGCCCAGCCCGCUGCUCCUGGAGCUGCUCAGCUGCCCCCUGUGCGCCCGCAGCCUGGAGACCUUGGAGCUGGAGCUGGGAGACCUGGAGGGAGGCCGGGGAGAGGCGGACGGACUGCACGACUUCCCCCAGGGGGUGGAUCUGAGAGGCGGGCGAGGUCGGCGCCGACGGCGAGGGGUCGAGGAGUGCAAGAACGGAGCGGUGCGGGCCUGGACGGGCUUCAGGGAACGGCUGAAGAGGAUCGUGGAGAGCAAAUACUUCAACCGGGGGAUCAUGAUCGCCAUCCUGGUCAACACGCUCAGCAUGGGCAUCGAGUACCACAAGCAGCCCGAGGAGUUGACCGAUGUGUUGGAGAUCAGUAACAUCGUUUUCACCAGCAUGUUCGUGCUGGAGAUGGGCUUCAUGCUGCUGGCUUUCGGCCUGUUUGGAUACAUCAGGAACCCGUACAACAUCUUCGACAGCAUCAUUGUGAUCAUCAGUGUGUGGGAGAUCAUCGGUCAAGCAGACGGCGGGUUGUCGGUGCUGCGUACGUUCCGUCUGCUGCGGGUCCUGAAGCUGGUCCGCUUCCUGCCCGCCCUGAGGAGACAGCUGGUGGUGCUGAUGAAGACCAUGGACAACGUGGCCACGUUCUGCAUGCUGCUGAUGCUUUUCAUCUUCACCUUCAGUAUACUGGGAAUGCAUCUGUUCGGCUGUAAAUUCAGUCUCCAGACGGAGAACGGAGACACCAUCCCCGACCGCAAGAACUUUGACUCUCUGCUCUGGGCCAUCGUCACUGUAUUCCAGAUUCUUACCCAGGAGGACUGGAAUGUGGUGUUGUACAACGGCAUGGCCUCCACCUCUCCAUGGGCGGCGCUCUACUUCGUUGCCCUCAUGACGUUCGGCAACUAUGUGCUCUUCAAUUUACUCGUGGCCAUCUUGGUCGAGGGCUUCCAGGCUGAGGGGGAUGCUAAUCGGUCGGAGUCGGAUGACGAGAAGAAAUCUGACAACUUCGAGGAGGACGAGAAGGUAGAACAGCUCAGAGACACCGAGCUAAAGAUGUACUCUCUGAUGAUGACGGCCAACGGUCACGUCGACCCGCGCGGCUCGAUGGCUCCUCCCAUAAUCAUGCGCACGGCCGCCACCCCCAUGCCCACCCCCAAGAGCUCCCUGGGCCCGGAGUCGGUCCUCGGAGAGGAGCUCGCGUACAGGGAGGGGGUGCCUCAGUACGGCGAGGUGGGACUGGGCUUCCCCGACGCCGGGAGCAUCCACGCGGGCUCUCGCCGUGGAAGCUCCGCCUCCAUGGACCCUUUGGCCUAUGACCAGCGGUCUCUGAGCCUCUCGAGUCCCGGCCGGCGCUCCCCUCUCGCCCCCCGCUCGUGGGGAAGCCGGCGCUCCAGCUGGAACAGCCUGGGGAGAGCGCCGAGCCUCAAGAGGCGAGACACCAGCGGGGAGAGGGAGAGCCUGCUGUCUGGGGAGGGCGGAGGGGGGGAGGAAGAGGAGGAGGAGGAGGAGGAGGAGGAGGAGGAAGGCCGGGAGUGCGCCGGGGACGCCGGGGGGAACAACCGACUGCGUCCGGAGUCCCUGGAGCUGCUGCAGGCGUCCACGCUCUGCCCUUCCAUAACAGCGGAGUACGGGGACUGUAACGGCCGGACCCUGACCUACGACCCCAACGUGAACGCCGACCCCAAGGACGACUCCUCGCCGGACGACGACAUCGACGAGGACAGUUCUUUCUGGAUCUGGCUGAAAAAGGAGCUUCUGAACAUGAAGCCCCACUGGUGCAAAGAGCACGAAGACUGGACGCUGUACUUGUUCUCUCCAGAGAGCAAACUCCGUGGGUGGUGCCAAAGUGUGAUCUCGCACAAACUGUUCGACCACGUGGUUCUGGUUUUCAUCUUCCUCAACUGCAUCACCAUCGCUCUGGAAAGACCUGAUAUACAGCUCAACAGCAAGGAGCGAGUGUUUCUGAGCGUGUCCAACUACGUGUUCACUGUGAUCUUCCUGGCAGAGAUGGCCGUUAAGGUCGUAGCUCUGGGUUUCUGCUUCGGGAAGCAGACGUACCUCCAGUCCAGCUGGAACGUUCUGGACGGUUUGCUGGUGUUCGUGUCUCUGGUCGACAUCCUGGUCUCCCUGGCGUACACCGGCGGAAACCGGAUCCUGGGCAUCCUCCGGGUCCUGCGCCUCCUGCGAACGCUCCGCCCACUGAGGGUGAUCAGCCGAGCUCCGGGACUGAAGCUGGUGGUGGAGACGCUCAUCACCUCUCUCAGACCCAUCGGGAACAUCGUCCUCAUCUGCUGCGCCUUCUUCAUCGUCUUUGGCAUCUUGGGGGUUCAGUUGUUCAAAGGGAAGUUCUACCACUGUGAGGGCCUGGACAUGAAGAACGUCACCAACAAGUCGGACUGCCUGCAGGCCAACUACCGCUGGAUCCGCAGGAAGUACAACUUCGACAACCUGAUUCAGGCUCUGAUGUCUCUGUUUGUGCUGUCCUGUAAGGACGGCUGGGUCAACAUCAUGUACGACGGGCUGGACGCCGUGGGAGUGGACCAGCAGCCCGUGAGGAACAACAACCCCUGGAUGCUGCUCUACUUCAUCUCCUUCCUCCUCAUCGUCAGCUUCUUCGUCCUCAACAUGUUUGUCGGCGUGGUGGUGGAGAACUUCCACAAGUGCCGGCAGGACCAGGAAGAGGAGGAGACCCGCCUGCGGGAGGAGAAGAGGCUCAAGAUGAUAGAGAAAAAGCGCAGGAGUAAGGAGAAUGGAGGAGCUGAGGCCAAGCAGAGGCCUUACUACGCGGACUACUCCCCCCUGCGUCUGUCCAUCCACACGCUGUGCACCAGCCACUACCUGGACCUCUUCAUCACCUUCAUCAUCUGCAUCAACGUCUUCACCAUGAGCAUCGAGCACUACAACCAGCCGCGGUAUCUAGAGGAGGUUCUGAAGUACUGUAACUACGUGUUUACCUGCAUCUUCGUCGUCGAGGCCCUGCUCAAACUGGCGGCGUUCGGCAUACAGCGCUUCUUCAAAGACAGGUGGAACCAGCUGGACAUCGGCAUCGUGGCGCUGUCCAUCAUGGGCAUCGCCCUGGAGGAGCUGAAGAUGAGCUCGGCGCUGCCCAUCAACCCCACCAUCAUCAGAAUCAUGAGGGUACUCAGAAUAGCACGAGUGCUGAAGCUUCUGAAGAUGGCCACAGGGAUGCGGUCUCUGCUGGACACCGUCAUGCAGGCGCUGCCGCAGGUGGGGAAUCUGGGCCUCCUCUUCAUGCUGCUCUUCUUCAUCUACGCUGCGCUGGGAGUGGAGCUGUUCGGCAAACUGGAGUGCACUGAACACAACCCGUGUGAGGGCCUGAGUCGCCACGCCACCUUCGCCAACUUUGGGAUGGCCUUCCUCACACUGUUCCGAGUGUCCACGGGAGACAACUGGAACGGGAUUAUGAAAGACACGUUGAGGGAGUGUCACAAAGACGAGCGCCACUGUCUCUCCUACCUGCCUCUGAUCUCCCCGAUGUACUUCGUCACGUUCGUGCUCAUGGCCCAGUUCGUGCUGGUCAACGUGGUCGUGGCGGUCCUGAUGAAACACCUGGAGGAGAGCAACAAGGAGGCGAAAGAGGAUGCGGAGAUGGAUGCAGAGAUCGCCUUGGAGAUGGCGAUGGAGAGGGAGCGCAAAUUAAGCGCGACGUCCGACAACAGUUCAGUGGGAGGAGCCUACGUCGGGCCGUGUCCACACUCACCUGGGCAGGAGGAAGAGGUGCACUACGGGGACCUGCUGUCGUCAAGGAAGAUGUCCGUAUCCAGGAUGCACUCUCUGCCCAACGACAGCUACAUGUUCCGGCCCGUGCGGCCCGCCAGCGCCCCCUACCCUCUGGAGGAGGUGGAGCUCAGCCCCCAGCACCAGCAUUCAGGCUCGGUGACGUCGGUCCGCUCGCAGCCGUGUGAGAGCCGCGCGCUGCUGCAGGUUCCUGACUCCUCCCCCGUUCUCCCCCGGCAGCCUCCCUCCCUCACCCUGCCCCGCAUUGCCCCGCCCACGCCCGGCCCCUCCCCACUGGCCCUGCGCAGACAGGUGGCAGUUAAAUUGGAUUUUGUGGAGUCGCAACAGGAGAGGCCCAACUCGGUCCACCUGCCUCCCCUUUCUCCCCUCUCUCCUCAGACCACCUCCCCAUCUCUCCUGCCUCCUCCUCCUCCUCCCCCCCCCUCCCCCUCGCCCUCGGCCCUCCCUCUACCACCCUGCUCUCCUUCCCGCUUCCCUCCUCCCUCUCCGUCCUCUCUGCAUCCGCUGCUGUCCUCCCCCUCUUCCCUCCCUCCUCCGCCGUCAUCCCCCUCGCUUCUUCUCCCUCCGCCUCCCUCGCCCCGCCUCCCCCUGCGCCCCGCCAGCCUUCGGAGACCUCGACCGCCCUCGGCCGUCUCCCUCUGCGACCCGGCGGAUGAGGAGGUGUAUCACAUCACCAGCUCCGCCCGCCUCAGGUGGAGGGACGAGGAGGACGGGGGUCAGGAGGGCAGAGGGAAGGCCGGCCGCAGCCACUCCCUCUCCCCCUACGCCACGCCACACUCUCUCAACUCCUCCUCCUCCUCCCCUCCUCCUCCCCCGCUGCCGCCUUCCUCCUCGAGGAGCGCGCUCGGUCUGCUCGGACUGGCGGACCGCGACUUGAGGAAGGUUCUGAGCGUCGACAACCAGGCCUUCCGGGACGAACCGCCAUCGCUGUCUGCCGGUCACCCUGACGACCAGCGGCGCCACUCCAUCGAGGUCUGCCUCCCGCAGGCCGGCGUCGCCAGCGACGACCAGCACUUUGCGUGGGAGGCCCACCGGUCGGAGAAAGGCGGGCAGGCGUUUCCCGUGAGGGUGCAGUCGGUCGGGGGCGGCCACCGGAAGAAGAAGAUGAGCCCUCCGUGUAUUUCCAUCCACCCGCCCUGUGAGAGGGAACACCCCCGAAUGGCCUCGCCCCCAAAAUCGGCCGACGGGAGCACGCUGCUGAGACGCAGGACGCCGUCCUACGACCUGAGCCCGCACGCGCCGUCCAACGUGGCAGACGCCCCGGCGGAUUCGCAGACGCUGCACACGCCCCUCCACGUGCCGCAGCGGGCGCCCUCGCCGGCGUCCACCCCGACGCACUCUCGGACGUACACUCCGCCUCACGCGUCCGCACCGACGCCCCCGCACGUCCCCAUCAGCCCGAACAUCUUCAUCCAGCCGCACGCACCUCUCGUCCCGAGGCCUUUCUCGCAGACGCACUCCCUCUCCCCCGCGGCGAGGCACUCCUCGCUCUCGGGGGAGUACAUCCCCCUCCCCCAGUUCACCUUCGACCAACCGCAGUCCAGAUACAUGAGCGGCCUGUCGGCCGGCCUGUCAGACGCCGACGCGGCCACCUGCUCGUCGCCCUUCGACAACAGACUGGGAGGCGGUGCGGGGUUCAGCGCAAAGAAUCGGAGGACCGCCCAGUGACCAUGGGGCCUCCAGGAAGUGAAUCCAUUGGUCCUACAAGAAGUCGGGAGGCUGACCUCAGCAACGAUUGGCGCUGGGUGGAAAACGAGAGAAGUUUUCCGGUAGAAGGAUUUGUUUUUGAAUACUGAAAAGACAUGACUUAUUCUUUUCAGAGAGACACUGGUACAGUCCCACCCUAGAAUAACAGACAGUGGACCCAUCUUCCUAAAUCCCAGCUUGAAGGACAGCGGGUCCACUGGAGGCGGUACCAGUCAAACAGUACCCACUGUACAUGGUGUGUUUUGGGACGAAUAACCGACAACACGCCAGGACUAAAGCCACCUAACUCCGUAGCCAAAGUUUUCUUUUUCUUUUUUUUGGGACACACUGUCCUCACCCACGCGAGCCAAUCAGGAAGCAGCGUCUGGCUGACAACCUCUGACUUUUUACAAGAAGUGUUUUUUGUGAGAUGCGAGCGUGGGGGGGAAUUGUGGGAUAUGCAACUUCAGGUUUUUCUGCAGAAGUUCUGCUCGCCCCUCCUCUGCUCCUCGAUCACAUUGAUCGGAGCAGUGUGUGUGUGUGUGUGUGUGUGCGUGUGCGUGUGCGUGUGCGUGUGUGCGUCUGCGUUUUAUUUCUCCGAUGUGUGCGAGUAAUGUCACAAUCCGGCGUCGUCGUGGAAGUCGGCCAUGUUGUUAUUCUUACGCCUGCAAACGACACAGAGAGGGGAAGCAGGUAGUUUAUGUUUAUGUGUGUAUCUGUGCAGUGUAAAUAAUAAAAAGGAAAAUACUGUA